AUGCCAGGCCUCGCGAGCUGGUUUCGAGCCGGCCGAGAUGCGGAUCCAAAACCGACGGCCGAGAAGGCCGAAGAGCCAGCUUCAAGGAGGUCGCGGCAGCCACGACGGCAGCCCUCGACCCCUCCGAAGUUGGACGAAGGCCACGACCGCUCCGAUAGCAAGCCCGUCCGGCUGCCGAGAAGGCCCUCGACUCCGAAGUUGGAAGACGAAGGCGGUGAGAGGAAGCCCAGGGCCACCAGGCCGCGGCGCCAUCCCUCUGCUGCUCCGAAGUUGGAGGACGAAGGCUAUGCUAGCAAGCCCGCUAGGCCGCGGCGGCAGCCCACUCCCCCGAAGUCGGAAGACGAAGGCUACGAUCGAAAUGCCGUCAGGCUGCGGACGCCGGUCGAAGUCACCUUGGCAAAAUCCGGAGGCAAGGGCGGAAAGACAGGCAAGGGUCUCUGGACGGGCACUCAGGAGACGAAGGUGACGAGUUUUUUCAGUGCGAAAGGACAAGGAGUAGUAGGACCAGGAUUGGGUGGCCCGGAAGCAGGCAAAGAAAAGCCAAAGAAGGGCUCCCAGAAAGGUCGAGGCAUGUUCACCGGGUUCGAAGAGAACCUGGACCAGGCCGAUGUGCAUAGCUCGAAAGGCUCCGUGCCGUCCCGGAGAUCCAAGUGGCGCUCUCUGGCAAGCGUUCGCCAGAACGAAGUAGUGCAGGGCAAAGUGACCUGCUUUGUGGAGGACGGUGUAAAGGUGGACUUCGGCUGCUUGGUCGAGGCUUUGCUGCCGAAUGCCCACAUUGAUUUCCCAGCCUUUCCUGGUGAUUUGUUAGUGUCCCUUGUUGUUGACGAGAUUGAUGUGAAGGAAGAGCACGUCGUCUUGAAGUUCGUGGAUGAUGCCGGUUGGGAGGAGGAGUACUGCUCUGAUGGUUACUGUGAAACAGAUGUCGAAGAGUUCUCAGGCAACAACAAGAGAUUACCACCCAAGGUGAUCCCGCCCAGUAUGCACACUACCAGGGAAGUCUUCCCAGAACCAGACGAGGUACCCAGGCUGACACGCUCUGAGAUGAGAGGUGGGCCGACCGCGCCUCGACCAAAUCGGUUCAGACGGCAGCUCCCAAGUGGUGAGCCUGAUUCAGGCGGCGAUCAGGACGAGCUGGUGGCGGAACUGCUGCCUGACAUCCUGAAGGUGCAAGAGAAUGCGCAGAGCGAGACCUCUCGUUCCAGUGCAGAGGAGGAGGAGUCCCGCCCUGCCGAUCCCGUGGAGACUGAGACUCAAGGACCAUUGCAGGAUUCUGAGAUAAAGGAGGAUGCGAGCCGCGCAGCCCUUCACAGUCCACCUAUCAAGAGUCUUCUGCGGCAGUUGGCUUCGGGCGAGCCCGGUGCGGCAGAAGAGUGUGGGAAGGUGGUUGCCGCUGCAGACCGGCCGGUCCAGGCCUGUGCAGCUGUCAGUGCUGCACUGCGAGUCUUGCUGCGCGAACCUUCCACGGCCCUGGCCGCAUUGAGAGGUAUGAUCAGCUUGCACGAAGAAGUUGGUCGCGCCUCGGAGCCCUUCCUGGUUCGAAACCUCCCGGUGCUCUUGGACAAGUUCGGGAGUCGCCAGCGAGAUGUGCAGGUUGCUGCGGAAGAUGCAGCAGAGACGCUCAUCGCGAGACUGAACCCGUACGGCGGCCGGACUCCUCCCGUAGAGGAAAGCGUGGCUCUCCAAGCAGAGCCUGUCAAUAUCAUCCAUGGCAGCAACGAGCCAGCACCAAUCGCAGGUUCGGUUCUGUCGGGGCCCGGGCAGUUCCGGAACUAUGCUUCCGAUGCGCGGUACACGGAGAGCGACCCACUCCGCCAAGCAGAGCCUAAGCACACCAGCUCGAUGCCGUAUGCCCUUGGGCCAGCGUCCAAUACCUCGAGCUUCCGAACGCUGGACAUCGCGAAGGCCAAUGAGCAGCGGCAUAACUGGACAAAGAUUGACACCUUCCUGACACCAGCUGGGCAUUCAGACUUCGAUUCUUUCGGACGUUCUCCUCGAAGGGGCACUAGCCCCUCCCGUCACGAGGCCAGUGCCAGAAGCAUUGUCGCUGAGGAGAUGUGGACCGAUCUAUCCUCGAAGCUGGAUCAGCUGCGGGUCCAGAUCAAUCAAGAUACUCAAAGCUUACUUGAGCCUCUGCAGAAGGAAUUGGAUUCUGAGAUCUCGAAGACGAAGGAGAUGGUUCAGACGGUCCGAAACGAUAACCUCAAGGCGUUUGAGGAGAUUAGGCGGCUUAGAUCGAUGGAGCAGCACAAGCACAUGCUCCAAGCAUACCCCGCACCUGUCGAGAAAGACGUUCUGGAAGCAGAAUUCAAAAACACAAACGAGUCGAUUCAGGCGCUGUCUGAUGCCGUCUCGCAGAUAGGCGAGGAAAUCUCGAAUCUGAAGGCCAACGAGCUGGCCUUGGGCAAAAUGCCCAGCCGGAGCUCCAGCGGCAGACGCAUGAUUCCCUCGACGCUCCAAGCGCCCCAAGAGACGAAAAGCUUGAAUAAGUCCGAUCUGGACGACAUGUUCCAGACAGUUCGUGACAUGGUUGCGGACAUCGACUUUUCGGAGCUCUUGGAGGGAGUGAAGGAGAUCAUCCCGGUGGCGGCUUUCAGAGAAGCAUUCGCUCGAACGGAGGCACGUCUCUGCGAGAUGAACGAAGAGAUUCGCAAGAUGCACGAGGAGGUCCAAGACCGGCAUGUAGAGGUCGACUUCCAGCCGGUUCUGGAGGCCGUUGCUGCAAAUGACGACCUGCGCAGCUCCACCGAACAGAUGUUGAACUCUGUCGAGGAGUUGAAGGCGCAGAUAGCAACAGAGUUCGAACACAUGCCCGGUAUCGUAUGGGCUCGGCAACCUGCCAUCGACUUCAGUCCAGUGUUGGAGUGCAUCAUCGAGAACAAAGUGGCCGUGGACCUUUCGCCGGUGCUGACAGCCGUGAACGAACUGACCCUGCAAGAGGACAUGUCCAAGCAGUUCGCUGCCAUUUUAGAGGAGAUCGAUCGUAAACAGGGGCAGAUCGACUUCUCUGAAGUGCUGGAUGCCAUCCGCACAACGAAGAUGAAGGUGGACUUCGCUACGGUGCUGUCCAGCAUAGAUGAUGCUGCAGAGACCACUUGCCAGAAGAUCGCUGAAGGGCUGAAGAUUUCCUUGAACCCCUUGGCAGAGUCCAGCACCAGCAUCCUGGAAAUCCUGCAGGAGAAAUCGCAAGACCAGUCUGUCAAAACCGGCCUAGCUGGUCUGAAGGACACGACUGCUCGGCUCUCGCAGCAGUUCUCCAUUCUGUUGCAAACCGUCUCGGAAGAGAAGGAAGCCAAGGUGGACUUCUCUCCGGUGUUAGAUGCCAUUGCAGACAACAAGGUGCACAUCGAUUUUACAGAGGUCCUUGCAGCCAUCAAGAAGCAUGGCGACACCACCGAGAUAACGGAGGAUAUCACCCGCCUCGUCAAAUACGUUCAGGAGAUGAAAGUCCAAGUUGACUUCACGCCAGUUCUUCGAGGCCUUCGAGACGUGAAAGUAGACACAGUCUUCGAAGUGCUGAACGCCAUUCGCGACCAGCGAACAGACAUUGGAGAGCUGAAAGACGGCUUGGGCCGGCACCUGGAGGAGGUGCAAAGCCAUCUGCGGGGUUUGCACGAAGGCUUGCACUCUGAGUCCAAGGAGGCUCUCACGUCCAAAGUGGUGGAGGCUGUGCGGUCAGUGGAAAUCAAUAUCAACCUUGCUGAGAUCCUCGAUGGCCAAGCAGCGCAAAAAAUCCAUCUGGACCAGAGCCUCCAGGACAUGCAGGAACGGCUGGAAACAGACAUCAAGCUCAGCUUGGACCAAGUGCGUGACUUUCUCGGGUCCCUGCAGCAAGACGAGAAACAGCUCGCCGCCAAGUUCGACAACAUUGCGGCAGCGGUCAAGGGUCUGCAGGAGAUGCCGCAGCCUGACUUCUCGCUCAUCAUUCAAGCAAUUCAGGAGAAACAGUUCGCUUUCGAUGAUGCUGCCAUCCUUCAUGCGCUUGAAGACCAGGCCGUCGGUCAGGAGCAGAUGCACGAGGAGCUGAAGGAAACAGUGACCAGCUGGCAUAGGCAUGCAGAGGCCUUGAAGAUGGUGAUCCGGGAGAGAGUCGACAGCGUGCUCAAAGCCGUCUCCGCCAGUGGAGAAGCUGCAGACAUGCUUUCGCUGCGCACCGAUGUCUCCCAGGUGCUGGAUGAACUGAAGCGCUAUGUCACGAAAGAGGACCUGGAAGAGCAGUACUCGAACCUCCUCCGAUCCAUCGAGGCGAUGCAGAUCCAGCAGACGGAGUCGCAGAGCUCCCGGAUGCUCACGAUAGACCUCGAAAGGAGGGUGUCUGACACCAUGGAGGCGCUCCAGGAGCAGAAGGACAGCGACCGUGCGGUCCACACGGUCGUGAAGGAGCAGAUGCACAAGCUGAGACAUGACUUCCUCUCGAAGUUUCAGGCAAUGUGGGAUGCUCAGGAGAAGGAUCGCACCUCUGCAGCGAAUCUUCUCGAAGAGCAGAUACAACGUCUGAAAGCCGAGCUAUCCGGGGACGUUUCGGCGCAUCUUCGCACGGAUGUGCAGAAAGUGCAUGCUGACUUAUUGCCACAGCUCCAUGAUUUUCAGACGAACUUCCUUGCGCAGUUCAAGGAUGUCAAAGUCCAAGCAGAUCACUCGGAGGUGCUCCAAGCGAUCCAAGAGCAGAGCAAGGAAUCGAGACUCGAAAGCUCUAUGGCGCAAGUGCUAGCUGCGAUCCGGUCACAGCCUGCCAGUAUGGAUUUGACGCCGGUUCUAAACGGCAUUCGCGAGACGCAAGAGCUUACCCAGGGGCUCAGCUAUUCGCUUCGCUCCUGGCGUGCAGAAAUUGCAGCAAAUGUGCAUGCACCUGGCAGCAGUGACACAAACGACCACGUUCAGCCUCCGGCAGUGUCUUGGGAGUCUCACGAGGUGAUGUCUGAUAUGCUGACUGACAAGCUGGGCCAUCAGACUGCUACCAUACAGCAGUUUCUGCUAGACAUCUUGCAGAGACUGGACUUCUCGGCUGUGUUGUUGGCAAUCGGGGAGCAGACCGCGGACGUGAAGGCAGCACUGGCUGAGCAGCGUGGUCAGGUGGCUGGCAAACUCCAGGCCCUUCAGCAACAGCUGCGAGGACUGGAACCUGGAUCGGCCGAGAGAGACAAACCGACCGCGCAAGACAUGGACUUCUCGGAAGUCCUAGCAGCCAUCAGAGAAUCUGCACGCCCAGCAGCCGGGCCUCAGGUGGUUGAUCUAUCUGAGGUGUUGGAUGCCAUCAGGGCAGUUCCUGCACAGGUGGAUCUCUCGUACGAGUUUUCUGCUGUGCUCACCGCAAUCCAAGAUAAGCAGCCAGAUCUGGACCUACCAGCAAUCCGCUCGGUUGUCACCGACAGCAAGCAGGACAUCCUCUUCCAGCUGGAAGACGUGAGGAGCCUCAUCCGCUCGCAGGCUCAACUGGACCCGUCCCGAUCACCAUCGAGAAGACCACAACCACAAGGGGGCAAGGACGGGGAUCUUUCCGCGAUCCUGACGGCAAUCAAGGACCAGAAGGUGUCCAUCGACUUCUCCGUGGCACAAGUCCUCAAUAACAUUCAGCAGAAGCAGCAAGAAGCAAUCGAUCGGAUGGAUAAGACAGAGAAGCAGCUGGACCAUCUCAAGGAGGGUCUGCAGAAGCUGAAUGGCCAGGAGCUACGGCCCCGGAGUGCGACGGCGAAUCCGACGCCGUGCUCUCCGCGGUGUGGGCGCUUCAAUGCGCAGCAGUGGCUGCAGCUUCCCGGUGUGGAGACGGCACUUCCAGCAGUGCUUGGUGGCCUGAAGCAGAAAGAGAAGACUGAAGUCAAGGUUGGUGCACUUCGUCUCCUGGCCUUGAUGCGGGACGAGGACACGAUCAAGCCUCUCGCGUGCCAGCUCGAUCGAGUAAUGCCGCACAUUGCCGAGAUGCUGAAUGACGUGAAGCGCGAGGUACGCCAAACGGCUGCAGAUGCCGCAAAGGUUCUUUUUGAAUGCGCCCAGAACAAGGAUCUGGACCCGUACCUGGAUGAGAUCAUCAAGGCAAUGAUGGACCAGGAGUUCAUUCCUCGGGUGGUCAGCCAGCUGUCCGAGAUCGUUUUCGUACAGUCGGUUGAGACUCCCGCGCUGGCGAUCGUCAUGCCACUGAUCGUACGCGGCCUCAAAGACAGGGAUGAGAGGACAAAGCGGCGGGCCCUGGUGAUUGCGGACAACAUGUGCAAGCUUGUGCCGGACGUGACCGAGAUCCAGCCAUUCCUUCCAACGCUCAUCCCGCUUGUGGAGAAAUCAACGCACAACAUCUCAGACCCAGAGGUGCGAAACGUUGCAACCCGGUGCUAUCGAACACUCCAGACCGCAGACAAGGCAGACAGGCGCCGCUUCAUCAGCAAGACCGCGGUGCUGAACCUCCUGCAAGAGAAGAUCCCCGACGAGAAGACUCAGCUGGUGAGCGAGCUGGUAGCCGAUUACGUGGCCUCGCUUUGCACAUGCAUCAGUGCAUGUCGAAGCUUUGAGUAUGCAGAGUGGUGGCAAUGCAUUGCGCCGUACCUCUCUCCGUCGAUUCUUUCAGUGGAAGAUUGUGAAGACCUGGUGCCGGACCUCUUGGAGAGUUGCUACGAUGCGGCCGAGGGUGAUGAUGUGGAAGAUCUUGAUGAAGAAGGCGAAGACUUGUGCAACUGCGUUUUCACUCUCGGCUACGGUGCCUUGACACUUCUCAACAACACCAGGCUGCACCUCAAGCGUGGAAAAUGCUACGGGCUCUGCGGUCCCAACGACUGUGGAAAGAGCACUCUUCUAAGAGCCAUCAACAACGAGCAGGUGGACGGCUUUCCUCCAAAGAGUGAGCUCGUGACAGCUUUUGUUGAGCACGGCAUUGGCGAGAAAGAGCCGGAGUGUGAGUGGACGCCGCUUGAGUACAUCUUCGCGGACGAAACGAUCCAAGCAAUGGGAGUGACGAAAAAGAAGGUGGUUGCCGCUUUGCGCAGCAUCGGGUUUGAUGACCAGAAGCUCAAAAGCGAGAUUGGGCAUCUCUCCGGCGGAUGGAAGAUGAAGCUUGGGCUCGUCAGAGCCAUGCUGAUGUGCGCAGACAUCCUGCUGUUGGACGAGCCCACAGGACACUUGGAUGUCGCAAACGUCGCAUGGUUGGGCGACUAUUUGCUCAGCCUCAGCAGAGACAGCAGCCGGCCAGUGACGACGGUUGUGGUGUCGCACGACUCGUCCUUCCUGGACAAGGUGUGCACGCACGUCAUCAACGUCAAGCAAAGGAAGUUGAAGACGUACAAAGGCAACAUCACCGACUUCGUGCGACGAUGCCCCGAAGCCAAGUCGUACCUGAGCCUGACAAACGACAAGCAGCGCUUCGUUCUGCCAGAGCCAGGAAUGCUGGAGGGAGUGAAGUCCAAGGGCAAGAAGCUGUUGAAAAUGCACAAUGUGACGUACACAUAUCCCGGCAACCAGACGCCGACCCUCUUCAACGUCAGCAUUGAGGUGUCUCUUCUCAGCCGCGUGGCUGUGAUCGGGCCCAACGGCGCGGGCAAGUCGACCAUGAUCAAGGCCUUGGUCGGCGAGCUGCCCGUCGCGGGAAAGAGCAUCGUCUGGAAACAUCCGAAUGUGCGAAUAUCCUACGUUGCCCAGCAUGCUUUCCAUCACGUUGAGCAGCAUCUGGACAUAACCCCAACACAGUAUUUGCUGUGGCGCUUUGCUGGUGGCGAAGAUCGUGAAGCACUCAACUAUCGAUCAGAGGAAGUCAGUGGCGUGAAGAAGAAAUACUGGCUGAACGAAGCUGGUGUCCUCUGCAAGUGUACCAACGCCAAGGAGGAAGCCAAGACCGUGAGCCCGGAGUUGAUCCUCGGAAGGAAGAAGUCGAAGUCAAAGGCGAACUCAGGCGAUGAGAAAUACGAGUACUCUGUCAAGUGGCACGGCUUCAGUUCCGAAAGCAACAUGUGGGUCCCUCGCGAGAUCUUGCUAGAGAUGGGCCACUUGCGUCUCAUCCAACGCGAGGAUGAGAGGCAGGCAGCUGCACACGGCCUCGUCUCGCGGCCCCUGACGCAGCCGCAGGUGGAGGAGCAUCUGGCCGGCUUUGGCCUCGACUCGAACCUCGCAUCCCAUACGAGGCUGGGGAUCUUGUCUGGCGGCCAGAAGGUGAAGGUCGUUCUGGGAGCAGCCAUGUGGCUGUCCCCGCACAUCCUGAUCCUGGACGAGCCGACGAACUAUCUUGACCGCGAUUCACUUGGGGCCCUUGCUGCAGGCCUCAAGGAGUUUGGAGGUGGCGUCAUCGUCAUCUCUCACAAUCGCGAAUUCUGCCACGCAGUUUGUGACGAGAGAUGGCUCAUGGAUGCCGGGCGGCUCACUCGAGAAGGACAGCUGAGCAAAGCGGACGUGGCGUUGGAAGGAAAGACAAUAGCGGACGAGUACACAGAUGAGUUCGGCAAUGUUCACAAGAUCAAGAAGCAGAACCACACCGAGAAGGAGUUGAAGAAGAUCAAGCGUCAAAGAGAGCUUGCGCGCAAGCGUGGGGACGUAUUCAUCGAAGACGAAGAUGAAUGGUGGGAGAAGCUCCAGGAGGAGGCCUCGAAACCGGUGCCGCCGCCGCCAGCGGAGGAGCCAGGCACAUCCCUUGGCAAGGAAGCAGAGAGCUGA